AAAUUCUUUAGUCUCAACGGAAGUAAAGCUUAAGGGCUUUGUUUAGAAAGGCAUUUACGAAGUCGGGGCUAAUCUUCCUUAAUGACGCUUUUUCUGAAGAAGAUAUUAAUCCUGAAUAGUGGAUUAAUGAAAACUCACCGCGAUAUCGAUCAAAUUAUGAUUUCUUCUGGUAACAUUAAUGGUUUGAAAGGAACUAAGCUUGAAAAAAAUCUAUGAUAAAUCAUCAGCGAACGAUAAGGUUCAAAUUUUCAAGACUCCUAAGUUUCCUAAAAGAAAAUGUGAGGUGUUUAGUAUGGAGAAUCUUCAUUCCAAUCGAUUAUAGAUGUUAAACGAUCGGACAAUCGUAUUAAGGUUUUUUCUCCUAAAGUGAAUCACUGAAAAUUAAAAGAUAAACAGACCGGAACAAAGACUGAACGGUUAUGGUAAAAUAAAACUGUUUAGUCACGUAAACUUUUCGUAUACGAUUUUGUAGAAAUGCGAACAGAAAUUUCUCACUCCAUGUCGCCAGAAAACAAAUACAGUUAAUUCUUUGAGAAGUUUGAAGUCUUAAGCUGUACAAGUACAGGAGUCGAGACUGUCUAAUCAAUUAAAGUAAUGACAAGCUCUGUUAAUAGCGCUUCUUUGGAAGGAUACUCGACAGGUCUACCCCGAGGAGUGUUGAAGAAAACAGGGAACAAUCAACGUCAGUCGACUUUAGCAAGUCAAGAAUCUUCUAUUCUGUUUUCAUUGGAGGGAGAAAACUUCAAACUGAGCGCGCCGGGUUUAGAAAACUCAUUUAAAAUGAAGCCUGACACAUCGUUUAAUUCCGAAAGAGUCCGUAAGCUGGCCGAGGACAUUUUGCAUGGAACAUUCGAUGGAAUGAAAUACGAACGAGAAAGAUGUCGACAGUUAGCGUUGAAGGCGAGUGAGGAACUGAAAGAUAAAGUUAAAGCGGAGCUUGGUUGUAACAGGUUCAAGUUUGUUUGCUUGGUUUAUUUGGGAUCGAAGCAAAGUCAGGGAAUGAGCAUCACCAGCCGCUGUCUGUUGGAUGAAAGAUUUGAUAGAUGCGCAACGGCCUCGUUUCAAAAUGGCUCCCUGUUUGUUGUGGCUACAAUUUACGGCAUAUAUCUGGAAUAACUGUGAAAGACAAUGUCGUCUGCACCUUCCAUUCUUUGCACCCGUAACAGUUCGCUGAUCAUAUACUAGGGAGUCUCUUUUAUCUUGAAUAGUUCAGCUAAUGAUGAAGAGUAUUAAUAGACAGAACAUUUUAUAGGAAAAAGUAGCCAAUUGUCAGGGCACCAACCAAGAGACCGCAUUCCAUAUCCUUUCCAGGAUAAUCAGGAAAACCGUUUUCAGCUGCUUUUAUGAGUCAAUUGUUUUUAGCUCUUUCAUAUGAAAUCUUAAAACUUCAGAAAACUUUCCAGUCCACCGCGCAAUCUUAAAUUAAUCAAUUAAUUAGUCACCCUUUUUUUCGACCAUGGAGAUAUUUUAUUUUGGUUUAAAAUGCGUGAAACCUCGUUGUACAUCUACUUACUAUAUCCGUAAUCAGCAUUUACGGCACUCAUUUGACUAUUUGCAACGGUUUUGCGAAACAUGUUUAUAUAGAACACUUGACAGCAAAUGUAGUAGUUGUAUAAAGAACCCUUUCGCUGAAAUCUUGCAAGUAAAUCUAAUGAUC